GCACCUGCCGGCUCACCUCGGAGCAACCUCUUCCGCGCACCGCAGCCUCGGGCUGACAGCCCAGGAUACUCUCUGGGGCUUGCUGGCACCCAGGACCGCGCCCAUACGUCCCCUCCACCUUUUGCUUGGGUAGGGUCCUCGAGAGCGCCGGAGGGAAUCGCCUGGCCUUCGGGGACCGCUUUUGUCUGGAACCGCUCCUCCCGGCGUAGCCUGUUCCCUCUGCUGCGAGACCAUCGCUCCACCGGGAGGCCGAUCUGUGUGUACUAGAGGUGACAAGAUUUGCAGUCACUUGGCCAAGAACUUUUUUGUCUUUUUGGGUGACUUUAAAACUCCGCCCCAAGUUAUCUUUUGUGGGGCUGCCCCCUAAGUUUUGUUUGUUUUACCGUAGGGUCGCCUGCUCGGCGCCCUUAGUCUUUUUCUGAGGGCGGAAAUGGCCAAUUCGGGCCUACAGUUGCUGGGCUUUGCCAUGGCUAUGCUGGGUUGGGUGGGCCUGGUGGCUUGCACCGCCAUCCCGCAGUGGCAGAUGAGCUCGUACGCGGGCGACAACAUCAUCACGGCUCAGGCCAUGUACAAGGGGCUGUGGAUGGAAUGCGUCACGCAGAGCACGGGCCUGAUGAGCUGCAAAAUGUACGACUCAGUGCUCUCCCUGUCGGCGGCCCUGCAGGCCACUCGAGCCCUAAUGGUGAUAUCCCUGGUGCUGGGUUUCCUGGCCAUGUUUGUGGCCACCAUGGGCAUGAAGUGCACGCGCUGCGGGGGAGACGACAAAGUGAAGAAGGCUCGUAUAGCCAUGGGCGGAGGCAUCAUUUUCAUCGUGGCAGGUCUUGCUGCCUUGGUAGCUUGCUCCUGGUAUGGCCAUCAGAUAGUCACAGACUUUUAUGACUCCUUAAUCCCCACAAAUAUGAAGUACGAGUUUGGCCCUGCCAUCUUUAUUGGCUGGGCAGGAUCCGUUCUUGUCAUUCUGGGAGGUGCACUGCUCUCUGCCUCCUGUCCCAGGAGUGAGAGCAAAACUGGGUACCGUGCACCCCACUCCUACCCUAAGUCCAACUCUGCCAAGGAGUAUGUGUGAGCUGGGACCGCCAUGCCCCAGCCUGACAGGCUAUGGGUGUGCCCAGAUGCUUGAAAGGACCUGGGGCAGAGCUCAGCCUGUGGGCAGGAUGUAGGACCAAGGCCUCCUGGUCACUUCAUCCCUGCACACCAUGUACAGUUCUCUAGGGGAUUGGGUAGGGGAGACAAAAACAGGGGAGGGUGUGCUUUUUGUACCGUAAUAAAAAAUAAGUUUUGG